UUUCACUGGACAGACGCUGCUUCGGGGGUCGGGUGAAGUGGGGGGUGGGGCGAGGGAAGGAAAGGAGGUUCUACUGUUCGUGGCUCGGACCAAAGCGCAGUCAGUGUGUUAACCACGCCCCUCUCAUGAAUAAUAGCACACCUCCCGUUGAACAGGAGAAGGAUGCGAGUGCCAGAAGGAAGUCUCCAGACGUCAGCGCUUGCUCACUCGUGGAGGGAGAUUAACGGUUAUAAUAUCACCAUCCGUGAAGGAUUAGGAUACCCUUUAUCUCCGGUGAUGAAAUGGGCGUAGGAAGACACUGGAAUCCGCCUUGUGCUUCGACUCCGCUGGUAUUUACGGAGGAGGAUUCACUAAGGGGAGGAAAAGAGCACAGACGGCCGUGACCAGUCAGUCUACCAGUCAGACGUCGUUUUCAUCGCACGUGUAUUGAGGAAAGACAAUAGUUGAGGGACGAUCAGCACGACAUAUAUUAAUUUGCACCUAUGUUCCGAAGCAGCCUGAAGAUGCUGCUUGGAAGCAGGAGUCGCAAGCUGAACAACGAUAACAGCAGCAUUGAUUCGGACACCUCAGACAUCAGGAUGACGAAGGGCUUCACUCGCUCACUGCCCUCCUCGCCCCUUCUCAAUCUUCGCCUGGACAAGACAAAUGAUGAGGCAGAGGAGUUGGGACCACCACCUUCAGCAGACGAAGCGGCUGAUGCUCUGAGGACCCGGCUGGGCUUCCUCCUUGGGGAGAAGGUCACAGUUGUAGAGUCGUGUUUACCUUAUGACAGCCCAAAUGAUGGACAGGGUGAUUGGACAAAUGCUUCCCUGGGGUCCAGACACCAAUCAAAGGUUCCAGAAGAGGCCAUGGAAAAGUGGGAGAGGAUGUCUCCUUCCUCCAGUCUGGCAAGCAGCAACUCCUCCCCCUGCACCACUCCUCAGCCUCACGCUAGGAUGGAGGGUAACAAUAAUGGCAAACAUGCCUCAGUCACCUCCCCCUCCUCCACACUGGAAAGCAGAGACAGUGGAAUCAUAGAGCGGGAGGACGGCACCAAGUGUUCUAGUAACAGUCACCACGGCAGCACCCUCAGCAUCUGCCAGCAGGAAGACCUGCCAGUGGUGGCGUCCACUUUGUCCUCGAGCGUGAGAUCUACAAGUCGCACCAACGGCAGCUCGAUGUACAGAAUAGAAGACAGCCUGUAUGCUUCUACUUACAGCCUGAACAAGCUCCACCCAAACCGAGGAUCCAGCUGUUCACGCUCCUCUGGAUCCAGCCACUUCAUAGCCCUCAACCUCAUUCCACGCCCCAAUUCAGUCGCUGCCACAAGUUCAGCCCACAUUGAAGACCUAGCCUUUCUGGAUGACCAGCAGAGACAUUUAGCCUCAAAGAUGUCCCUCAGAAUGGCUGGAGAGAAUUCUGGGAGUCGUAAUCAGCAGGACCACGGCGUUGAUUUUACUCCUGUCCUCAACCUGAAACCACUCCAUUUUGAGGUUCCUGGUCUGUUGUCUGAUUGGCUGUUCAUGGGCAGAGAGUGGCUCUUCCAGGAAGUUGACACCCAUCUGCACGGCAAUGACCCGACAACUAACAGAGGCAUAUUAAUUACUGGCAACAUUGGCUAUGGAAAGACGGCUAUCAUUGCAAGGCUGGUGGCGCUCAGUUGUCAUGGACACUACAUGUGGCCAAGCACCACUAGCAAGCAGAUCAUACCCAAAUAUGGAGAAUCGGUUUCUCUCUCAACUAUCUCUUCUGAAGGAGGAGGACGAGGAAGAGAAAGAGGAAGAGGAGGAGGAGGAGGAGGAGGAGGAGGAAGUCCAGGAACUCCAGAGAAGAAGAGAAAACAACAGGAGGCAUUGUGGAGACUAGCUGGACAGGUAGUGUCCUAUCACUUCUGUCAAGCUGAUAACUGUUACACCUGCCUUGUUCCUGAGUUCGUCCACAACAUGGCAGCCAUGCUGAUCACUGCCCCUCAACUGACCGCCUAUCAAAAACUGUUGCAGCAUUCGCCUCAUUUGCAGAGCAUCCUGAGUCUGCGCUCCUGCAUUCAGGAUCCAAGCUUAGCCCUUCAGAAAGGAAUACUAGACCCCCUGGAUGCACUCCACAAAGAGAGAAAGCUUGAGAUUGAUGUGGAUGGACUCAUUGUACUGAUUGAUGGACUAAACGAGGCUGAGUUCCACCGGCCCGAUUACGGAGAUACACUGACUUCCUUUCUCUCUCGAAACAUUCAAAAAUUUCCUUCAUGGUUGAAGGUCAUUUCUACUGUCAGGACCAGCGAGCAGGACAUUGCGCAAUGUCUGCCGUUUCACCACAUCUCACUGGACGGAAAGGAGGAAAACAACGCUAUAGACCAGGACCUGGAGGAUUACUUGAUGCAGCGUAUCCACAGCAGCCCUGAGAUCCAGAGCAAUGUGUCGCUGGGCAAUGGUCGCCUUGACAGCACAGCACUGACCAAGAUGAUCAGCCACUUGAAGAGCCUAAGCAAAGGCUCUUACCUCUACCUGAAACUGACCCUUGAUCUAAUUGAAGGAGGUUACCUUGUUCUGAAGAGUUCUAGCUUUAAGGUGGUUCCGGUCAACCUAGCAGAAGUGUACCUGCUACAGCUUAACAUGCGGUUUCCCACCCAGUUGUCUUUUCAAAGAGUACUCCCUCUGCUCAAUGUUACUGUGGCUUCACUCUACCCACUGACCGAUCAGCAGUUGUUUGAGGUGGUGAAUGCAGGUUGCCUCAGUGGAGAAACAUUCCAGUGGGGGGAGUUUAUACAUCGCCUAGAUCAGCUCUCUUCUUUCCUGCUACAGCGGAGUGACGGCAGCAGGAUGCUUAACCAUGCCUCCUUCAGGGAGUGGCUAGUGUGGAGGGAGGAGGGACAGGAUGACAAGUUCCUCUGUGACCCAAGAAGUGGACACACCCUGCUGGCGUUCUGGUUCUGCAGACGAGAAGGAAAACUGAGCAGACAGCAGACGCUGCAGCUGGGACAUCAUAUUCUGAAGGCUCACAUCUACAAGGGCUUGAGUAAAAAACUUGGGGUUUCCUCCUCCAUUCUUCAGGCCCUGUGGAUGUCAUACAGCACAGGAAGACUUUGCCCCGUUCUUUCGUCACUGCGCAACCUCUAUACCCCCAAUAUCAAGGUGACCAGGCUCCUGAUAAUGGGAGGAGCCAAUGUGGAUUACCGAACUGAAGUCCUUAAUGGUGCCCCCUUAUUGUGUGUCUAUGCUCACCUUGGCCACAAGGAUGCCGUAGCACUGCUGCUCGACCACAGAGCCCAAGUGGAUGCUCAGUCACAUGAUGGUUUAACAGCUCUGGGAUUUGCUGCUGCAGCUGGUCACUUGGAAAUUGUCACCUUGCUGAGCCACCACAAAGCCAAGAUUGGCCACAUGGACAGCUCAGGUCGGAGUGUGCUUGUUCUGGCAGCCCAGCACGGUCACAUUGAGGUGCUGCGCUUCCUGCUGAAGAGCCCUGAUUGGAGCUGCACUUCGUGUUGUAGCCAGAGGGAGACGAGCAGGAGCCAGGCUGUGCAGCAGGCUCUGAUUGCAGCAUCCAUCAUGGGGCAUGUGGAAAUGGUGUCAUACCUCCUGGAUCUUCCAGAAGAAGAUGAGGAAGAGGAGCAGAGACCUGAGAUUAACAUAUCUGACUGUCUGUGGGGGGAGACGGCUCUGACAGCUGCUGCAGGACAUGGAAAGCUUGCUGUGUGUAGACUCCUGCUGGAUCAGGGAGCUGCUGCUGAGCAAAGCAACAGGCAUGGCAUCACUCCACUCUUCAGUGCCGUGAGACGGGGACACACACGGGUAAAACCCAUUUACCAGGUGACAGUUGGACUUAAUCCUGCAGAGACCAAAUCUCUGCCUCUUCCAUUGUUUCUCCAUCAGGUGGUGGAGCUGUUGCUGAACUACGGGGUCGAGGUGAACAGUGUGGACCAGCAAGGUCGAACUGCUCUGAUGACAGCAGCCUCAGAAGGACACAUUACCUCUGCCCAGCUUCUGUUGGAUCACGGGGCCUCUCUCAACCAGAUCGAUAGGGAAGGCUUGACUGCUCUGAGCUGGGCAUCCCUCAAAGGCCAGUUCACAUUGGUCAGGGAGCUGGUGGAGCGAGGAGCAGCCACUGACCAUGCUGAUCGCAGCAGUCGAACACCUCUGGACCUGGCUGCCUUUUGUGGAGACCCUGAAGUGGUCCAGUAUCUAGUGGAUCAUGGAGCGUUGGUGGAGCACAUGGACUGCAGUGGGAUGCGCCCUCUGGACCGAGCAGUUGGCUGCAGGAACACUUCAGCAGUUAUUACUCUUCUCAAAAAGGGAGCUAAGAUUGGACCAGCAACCUGGGCCAUGGCCACUUCCAAGCCAGACAUUUUAAUGGUGUUACUCAGUAAAAUGAUCCAAGAAGGAGACAGAUUGUACAAGCAAGGAAAGGUGAAAGAAGCUGCACAGUCCUACCAGUCAGCCCUCCACAAGUUCCCCAGAGACGAGCUAAAAACCUUCAAAAAGCUCAGAGUGUGUGUGCUGCUCAACUUGUCCCGCUGCCGCCGUAAAAUGAAUGACUUCAACGCUGCUGAGGAAUUUGCUACAAAGGCUCUAGAGCUGAAAUCCAACUCCUAUGAGGCCUUUUAUGCCCGAGCCAGGGCUAAACGAAACCGCAGACAGUUCCGUGCUGCGUUGGAGGACCUGAUUGACGCCAGCCGUCUAUGUCCAUCCAACAGGGAGAUCCAGCGCCUUCUGUCACGGGUGAAAGAAGAGUGUCGGCAAGUUUCACAACAACAAGACCCUCCCUCUGCUUAUCAACACCAGAUGGCGAUGUUCACUAAUGAAGCCAGCUGUAGGGAUUUCAACUGUCUUUGUGUGCAGACCAUGGAAAGCUUUAACAGGGAAGACGAGGAUGUGGAGAAAGAAAAAGAUGGGGAUUUCAGGGAAAAUGAAGACUUUACGUCUUUUCUUCCUCCUCACACAGUUCACAGUCUUGACACCCAUUGCUACACUGGACUGAAAUCACCAUCUUCUCUCUCUCCAACUCACAUGCAUCAGUCCCCCUCUUGUUCCACUCAUUUAGCAGACCUCCCCUCCCCCUGUCAUUCUUUGCUUCCUCCCGCUUCCUCCAGCCAUCCUCAAGUUAGUGCUCCUUCAUCACCCCUGCUGCAUCCACAAAGAGCUAGUUCAAUGUUUGAAAGUGGAGGACAACACCACCUUCAAACUGUCUCAGUGAUUAGCCCUCAUAAUCAGGGCAGGCAGCACAACGACCUUAGUUCCGAUCUGAAAUCCAAGCUUAAAUGCAGCCCUUCCAAAAGCCAGUGGCUCCAGAAUACCAAGGCUGAGGUCGUCCUAAGCAAUCAGCCAAGCUGCUCAGACCACUCUUUUUUGGUUUUACGGAGUCCUGCCUGCUCCGAGUUAACUCAUCUUCCUGAAGAGUUAGCAGAGUUAUGGGAAGGCUUUCACCCUAGACCGUUUGAUGUCAGACAUGGCCCUCUUGUCCGUGGUGGUGUUGGUUCCAGAGUGUCUCAAGUUUUGGACAAUGUGGGUGUUUCACCUGUUUGCCAGAUGCAAGCAACUCCUGUGCAUGGCAGAGGAACAGCAGCGGGCCGAAUGGCAGUAAAUGUUUUUAGCCAGUCUCGACAGUCCAGCCGCAACCAGUCUAAAGCAGCUUACUACCCAAUGGAAGUUACAGAGGCAACUAUUGGCAAUCAGUCACUGCAAGACUUUCACUAUCAACUUCAGGGUGGACUUCAUGUCCCAAUUAAUGUCCACCAAACAUCCACCUUCACUCCCCCUCCCAGAUCUGUUAUACACUCCCAGAGUGUGAAUGUGCACUUUUCUUCUAACAUCGCAAGUGGGCUGCUAACUAAUGAAGGUCAAGGUCUCAGGACCUCAGCCUCCGCCCAGCACAUGGAUCUGCCUUCAGAAUCUAUGGGAGACGCUUAUGGUUGUCAUGAUGAUCCUUUUCUUAAUUCCUCUCUGCAGUCAGAGAUCUGCAUAACUGAGGGAGGGACAUAUCCUGGAGAGGCAGGACACUCUUCCAGGAACACACCUUUUAUGGGCAUAACAGACAAAUCGGUACGGGUGCACCAGCAGUACCAGCAACAGGUUCCUUCUAGUUCAGCAUCCUGCCUCAGCCUCUCUCGCUCCUGGGCCGUUUCUUCAGUCGACACAAUUGUCAUGUCACCUAGCAAAAGCCCUACCAACCAGAGAGGCUUGGCUCCAGAAGUGCCAUUAUACUACUGUAAUUGUACCAACAACAACGCUGAAAACAGCCACCUCCACCUCACACAGGUCCAAAUGGACCUGUGUGAGGUUGUCCCUGGUAACAGCCAAUGGAAUGAAGAUUCAGGGCAAGUUUCAAGUCAGAAGCCUUCCUGUCUUGAUGUGAAAGUUGCCCAAACACUGCCGGUUAUCCAAAACUGCUCUGACAGGCCAGUAGAAAGGAUUGUACCCACCUCUCCUGUCAAACCAAAAAGACCCUUUGUUGAGUCAAAUGUGUAAAGAACAAAAAAUAAAAAAGGUUUUAAGGAACUUAUUGGGAAGUGUAUUUCAAGUUGGGGUUUGGAAUUAAUAACUGCUUAAAAUAAACUAUUUUAAGGAGUAUUCUGUGAAAUGGAAACAGUUGAAUAAGCAUCUGAAUUUUUCUCUCUUUUUCAUUUCCCUUUUCUUUCAUGCCUUUUCACAGAAAAUAGCUCAGUAUUAUAGCAGUAAAUAAAUAAAGUAAAUAAAGCACCACUGUUACUGUUGCAAUGCCAUCUAAAAUGACAUAGAGAGAAGUGGGCUGUAAAAAUUGUUGUUUAUCAGGAUCUCACAUCCAAAGUCAUAGCUUAAGAAAAUCAGACAAUGCAUUAAACACUACUUUGCUGUGAAUAAAAUGGUUUCUAUUUAUCAGAUAUUUUUUAAUUGCGUCUGUAUUUAACUAUACAAAGAUUUUAUUUUGAAACUGAAAUUUCAUUUUUUUUGUGCUAUGUGUGAUGAAAUUGUGGCAUCUUACUUGGAUAAAAAAAGUAAGAUGCCACCCCCCAACAGGAAUACACAACAAUAUUUGGUGGGCGUGGCCUAAUUUCUCUACAGCACCCAUAGAAUAUUUUAAAUGAGUUGGAAGCAGUGCUGAGCUGCGGGGGCCGUUCGAGGUUGCUCGCAGCUUUAAUUUAAUUUGUUUAUUUAAGUUAUCUUCUUCCUUCUUGUUUAUUUAAUUAUUUUUAUUUUUUUGUUUGUUUGGAGAAGACAGUUUUAAUAUUCUUUUCUUUCUAUUGGUUCUAAAUUCUGCAGACCCUCCUGACUAUUUUAUAGUUGACAUAGAUUGGAAGAAACAACACACUUUUAAUACCAUCCCCCCUACUUCAACUAAAAUGCUGGUUUCUGGUGCUUUUUUCCACCAUGUGUUUUAAACUACAGUAUAAAUUAAUUCAAAUUUGAAUAAAUUAAGUGUUGAACCAAGUUUUAUGCCUACAAUAACAUUGUUAGACCUAAGAUGUGAAAAUAUGUUUAUAUGUAGUUUCUUUUGUAUAAUUUUUAAAAAUGCACUCAGGAAUUUGUUGAAAUGUUUUUCUGUUUGCUAUGCCCAACCUUUAAACUCAAAAAGAACUUUUUUUCCUGAUCACUAACAAAGUAACCAUAAUUGCAUUGCACUGACGACAACCCUCUUCAGAGUGAAAGUUACUUUGUCAUAAAACACUUAGCAAUUUUUUUAUACUCAAUGAGGUGUUUAAAAAUUAAAUCAAAGGGAUGACAGAUGUAGGAAGCUAUAUAAAAGCAUUUGAUUCAGGCUGUGAGAAAUGGCAAUGCUUCCAGUAAACAAUACAAUGGCUGAACAUUAUAAAACAGCAAAGUUUGUCUGUUUUAUUCCUUUGAUUUUUUUAUUCAUUUGCUUGAAACAGCUAUUUUAGGAAUGCAUACUUCGCCGACUACACUAAUGCUUAUUCAAGAUGUUACACUCCAUAAUUGUCUUUUUCAAUAAAGAUAGUUUUUAAAUUA